UGGACAAGGGACACUACCGCGACAUGGAUUUUAAUAUACAGGAACAGUUUCUUAUCAACGUGCAUUUUUCUGGUUAUCACAAGAAAUCCCCCAUAUAACUUCUUGUUAGGUGUUUUUUCCUACUAUCAAGGGUAAACACGUCUAUAUCACAAUAUGUUAUCGACUAAAUUCUUAAUAUCCUUGAGUUUAUUACUCCCAUCAACUCUCUCAUCUCCAAUCUUUUCAAUUUUCAGUGGUUUUGGCGCUCUGGAACCUGAACAAGAUAUAUUCUUGAAUGGUGGGGCAGGUGACUCAUGUCCUAUUGAUAUUCCAUUAACUUGUUCCAAUUCAACCCCCAUUUAUAACUCAUGUUGCUUUGAAAGUCCAGGUGGUAUCUUCUUACAAACCCAAUUCUGGGAUUAUUAUCCUCCAAUUGGUCCUAAUGAUUCAUUUACUUUACAUGGUUUAUGGCCCGAUAAUUGUGAUGGUUCUUAUGAACAAUUCUGUGAUGAUGAGUUGAAUUUAAAACCACGUGAAAUCAAAAGCAUUUUAGUUGAUCAAUUUAAAGACGAUGAAUUGUAUAAGAAGAUGGUUUUAAAUUGGAAAAACUUUAACGGUGAUGAUGAAAAUUUAUGGAUUCAUGAAUUUAAUAAACAUGGUACUUGUAUUAAGACUUUGAGACCAACAUGUUAUUAUCCAUAUGUUAAGAAUCAAAACAUUUAUGAUUUUUAUAAGAUUUCAAUGAACAUUUAUGAAAAAUUACCUACUUUUAAAUUCUUAGAACAAGCUGGAAUUGUUCCAAGUGAAACUAAGACGUAUACCAAAAAGGAAAUCAAUGACGCAUUAUCAUCAAAUUUCGAUGAUUUACAAGUCUAUUUCAAAUGUAAUCGUUAUCAAGUAUUACAAGAAAUCUGGUACUACCAUUAUUUAAAGGGGUCAAUCAAACAAGAAGAAUUCCAACCAAUAUCUUCCUUGUUAAAUUCUAAUUGUCCAGAAGAAGGUAUCAAAUUCUUACCUAAAGGAUGGAAACCAACUCCAAAUCCAGGUAAUCCAGGUGGUUCUCCACCUUCAAAACCAAUCGGUGGUGAUAGAGGAUAUAUUAAAUUACCAAAUCAUGCUGGAUGUAUUAUUUCGAAUGGUCAAUGGUAUCAAUAUGGUACAUGUGCUACAUUCACUAUUGUUAAGAGUCAAUUUGGAGGAUAUAAUUUAAAAUCUUCAAAGGGUUAUUGUGGAUUUGAUAAAGAAGGUCAAUUAAGUUGUGGAUCCUUCUAUCAACCAUCGAAAUUCCAAUUCCAAUAUGAUAAAGAAACUACUGAAAUUAGUUAUGGAGGAUUAAGUAAAUGGUGUUUCAAUAAUGAAAAUUCUCAUGGUCAUGGUAAAUUCCAACAAAUUCCUAUUAAGUUAAUUGGCAAAGGAGAUACGUGUGAUGAUCCAUUUAGUUUGAAAUUCACUUAGUCAAAAACAAAAAAAAUUAUAAAAGUUUACAGUUAAAAAUUACUCAAAAGUAUAAAAUAUUUUUAUUUAUAGUUCAAAAGUCGAACAUUUUAUUAGAAAUUAUAAAAACGUUAUUUAA